AGGCACUUUAGCCAUCAUCUAAAAGCAGAUGUCUCUACACCUGGAUUGCGCUGGAGGACAAAACCAGUAAAUUUGUGUCUGAAGGCAAAUAAUGAAACUCUGAGUCUGAAAACAACUCGCAGUCACGUACCGUACAACACAGGUGCUGGUCUGUAAAAGGGUGAAUGCAUGGCAGGGCUGCCUGAGCUCUUGCUAUGGCGGAGUCUGUUUUUUCCUCAAUUAUUAUUCAGUAGUUAUUAAUAAAGGAAAGCAAAGCAAACCACUCACCUCCUGGUUUCCCUCCAUAGUAUGUUCAUUAGGCUGACUUGUAAGUUCUAAGGUGCUUUUUCCGAAGCUUAAGUUAACCACGAGCAGUCAGUGGAGUGGACUUUUUCUUCCUUUUUUUUUUUCUGCUUUAUUUCACAUCCUUAAGAAAUCAUCUUGGUUUCUCACUCUUUCUUUCCUGUUUUAUGUGGGUGAUUUAUUUGCUGGUAGGAAAUGGAGAGAUAGGGGAGGAGAAAUGGCCCAGGAGGGUUGAUAUAUUAAACACAAAUCUAGCUACACAGCAAAGGCCUUAGUCUGCCUCUUAUCUGGGGAAUUUUCACAUUGUCAUGGAGAGAAAUGCACGUGUGCAUUGCGCCCGCCUGUGCAUACACACACACACCACGAAACCCCACACAAAUGAAACCCCUUUUUCGGAGAAGCCAGCUACAGGAAACUGACUUUACACAGGAACUCGCUAACCUCUUGUCACAUUCGGAUGGUUCCUGGUGCCCCAGUCACCACGCACGUUCGCCCAACUGUCUUGGGCUGGGAUUUUUACCUGCCUAGCUCUUACAUUUUUUGUUCUUCCAGCGUGAGCCAGUUAUACUGUUAGGAAGGAAGGGAAGGUGGAUUUUAGAAGGAAGCCGUCACAGUGAAAGGGCUUGGCUGCUUUUGUUUUGACUUCCCUGGCACUGAACAGCUUUAACAUCCGGAGUCAGUCAUUUUGGUGUUGAGGAUGUCUUUGACAUUCUACAACAGGUGACUUGGAGACAGCUGUUGCACAGAUGAGCCAUCAGGAGCCACUAAUGCAGAGCUCUCCCCUCAGGGCCCCAGGCACAGAGAUGUUCCCGAAGUGGCUGGGAUGCACUAGACCCUGAAGACAGAGCGCGCUGUCAGCUGCCUUCCCUGCUUCUCGGGGCGGAAGCCAGAGAGAGCUGUUUGGAAACGUCUCAUUCACACACCAGUUGAAGACCAGCCUUUGGAGCGUUUCAAAGUAGAUCGUGGUCUCUCUCGGAUGGACGGAGAGAGGUAACAUCCUGCAACUUGCUGCCAGAGGUCCCGCGAACACAAACCCCUCCGGUUUUCAUUCCCUGUGUUGAAUGGUGUUUGCUUUAGCCAUUCAGGGAUUCUGAACUUGUGACUAGGAAUCCAGGCUGGGAAGAUGCUGAGUUCCAUCAAGUGCGUGUUGGUGGGAGACACUGCCGUGGGGAAAACCUCCCUGUUGGUGCGCUUCACCUCAGAGACCUUCCCGGAGGCCUACAAGCCCACAGUGUAUGAGAACACGGGCGUGGACGUCUUCAUGGACGGCAUCCAGAUCAGCCUGGGUCUCUGGGACACAGCUGGCAAUGACGCCUUCAGGAGCAUCCGUCCCCUGUCCUACCAGCAGGCCGAUGUGGUGCUGAUGUGCUACUCUGUGGCCAACCACAGCUCUUUCCUGAACCUGAGGAACAAGUGGAUUGGUGAAGUCAGGAGCUACCUGCCCUGUACCCCUGUGCUGGUGGUGGCCACCCAGACUGACCAGCGGGAGGUGGGGCCCCACAGGGCCUCCUGCAUCAGUGCCAUGGAUGGCAAGAGACUGGCCCAGGAGGUGAGAGCAAAGGGCUACUUGGAGUGCUCAGCCCUCAGCAAUCGGGGGGUGCAGCAGGUAUUCGAGUGUGCUGUCCGAACCGCCGUGAACCAAGCCAGAAGACGCAACAGAAGGAAGCUCUUCUCCAUUAAUGAGUGCAAGAUCCUCUAACCUCCCAGGGACUUCAACUAACACGCAUUUACUCACCUCAAAGACUAAUGGGCAGGGACAGCAGGCAGAGCAGCGAGGGCUGAGGCUCUCUGGGGCACAUGCUGGGCAGCGUUUCCUUUCGGAUGCAGUGGUUGCUGGGACUUGGCGGCCGGAUGUUGUGUGGCAUGUGCUCUGCAAGUGAACUCCUCAUCCAGUCCUGCCAGAGGACCCCUUGGGCAGCUGGAAUGAACAUUCUAUCUCCAACUUAAAAAACUAAAAUGGUCUCUGUAAUUUUGGACAAUGAAGUGAGUUUUCCGAAGAAUUCCGUAUUUAAAGACACAGUUUAUUUAAAAUGGUAACGAAAUGUAGAGCUCUUAUAUAUAAUUAAUGUUCACGCCUGGGAAGUCUUCUCCUGUAUACUCACCAACACACACUGCUGUGUGUGUGAAGCAGUCUUGCGGGAUUCUGCCAUGUGUUUUUAGUGUUAUUUUCACCUGAACUACUAAUUUUGUCGAAGCCGCUUGCCUGCUAGAUGUUACUAGGUAAUCAAAUUUUAAAAAGACCAUCAACUGAUCCUUGCUAUUAAUUUUUCACCCAGCUGUCACUCAGUUUGUAUAUAAGAUAUGUUCGAUAACAUACUUUAAUACUGCCUAAUGAUGAAAAGCAGUUAUCGCUCUAUUUUUCUGUAAUUAUUAAAACAUGUUUCUUAUUUACAAUACUACCUUUCACCCAAAGAACUCCAAUUAUGCACUAAAUAUUCCUCUUUCAUUCACCAACACAGACCGAAGGAAAACCUUUCGGGCAGAGAAUCAGACUGCGUUAAGUAGUAGCAGCAGAGUUUGGAACAGAAUUUAAAACUCGCUCUUUCCUUAGGGGAGCCGCUGCGCUUUGCCUGGGAUCCCUGGCACUGGCACCUCUGGGGCUGUAGGCCUUGCGAAUGAGGGCCAGCUCAGCAUUCUGCACGAUGGUAAUCAGGAGAAUUUGGUAUCUGAGCUCUUAACUAAGCUGGCAGGGCAACGUAAGUUAUUAAUUUUAGGAUCUUAUCAGAAUAAUUAGUAAGGUGUCUAUGUACAUAUGUGUGUGUGAGGGAAAUAAAGUAGAAUUUAUAGCUUUUACUGUUUCAUGAAUACGAAACACCUGUGUAGAAAAGCAAUCACGAGUUCCAAGCACAGGGAACAGGAAGGCUGUAUAAUGAUUUUUUUUGUAUAAUAAAAUGUUAUCAGGGGAAAAUGCUGAAUUAAUAGGGACCCCUCAAACCCCAUUCUAUCUUAUGGCUUAAAAGCAGUGGCAUUGAUCAUUUGUUAAAGUUGAGAACAGAGUUCUAUGUAACGUGAGGAGGACAUUGCGAGGGCUGGCACCCGGGUACAUCAUCUGCUUGCCUAGCUAGAGAAAGCUGAGAACGACUCCGAACCACGUUUAUUAAAGUUCAUCACUGUUAUUGUAGGGUGUGGCCAUCACACACAAAUGGUAGGGCAGCUGGCGUAAGUGACUAGGACUGGACUUACGUUGGCAUAACCAAACCCAUUUCUCAGUUUCUUUGUGUGGUCCAGUCGUCAUAGCUGUAACAAUGCCAACAUCCAAUCUGGGCUCCUCUCCACACGUCCCCCUUGGGAACACCCAGUAAAAGGCCUGGGACCUGGGUCUCAGUCCUUGGGCACCAAAGUUCCCUCAGUUCCCUGGGGCUGACGGAUCCGCCCCUCCGCCCCCUCCCCCAGCCACCUCUGGUCCUCCAGCCCUGUGGCUUCUCCUUGACUCUAUGUUACCUGUGUCCCUUGACUGGAGAGCCCCUACGUCCAGCUCUCCGUAUGGUGCUUGAAAGCCGAGCAGGCAUCAGGCGUGGCAGGCAGAGGGAGCUCACCUUCUGUAAUAUCCCUGUUGACCCCCCGCUCUCCAUCAACACACGAGCAGUCUUAAGGCACACAGAUUUUCCUUCAGGACCCGUCUUUUGGGUGGGGCCUAUUUAGCUUGUUAGCAGGAAUGAAUUUCUAUUUAUUAACAUUGCCUGUCCCCAAGCUUUUCUUUCUUCCUUGUUGAAGGGAGAAGAGGGCAGGGGGUGUCUCUGGAAAUGGGAGAGCCCAGGUACCUGAUUCAAAGUCAGGGAAAAGGAGGUGAUUCCAUUCCAGGGCAGGCAGAGAAGGCCAGAGGGACAGCAGCCAUGUGGGUGGACACACCAAUGAGCCUUCUGCCUGCGGGCAGGAGCCAAGCUUUAAGGGUCCCUCUGGGAACCCUCACACCUGAGAACAGGGAAUGCAUGUGCAAACCCUGCCCAGUGAUGGGACCUGGCAGAAAUUGAGGCCAAUAGUGGCUGUCUGCUCUACAGGGCUAGGAGUUCUUGAAGGCAGAGACACCUACUGUGUACCUUGCAGGGCCCAGAACAGGGAAGAAACGGUAACUAAACGAACGUGUUGAAUUGAAGAGAGUAAAGGAGUGCGCUGCCGGACCAUACAGUGGGUGUGGGAAGGAAGCAGACCCCUGCCAGCCUUGCAGGGGCAAGAAGUGAAAGUAGGUCAUUUCUGUUGGAAAGCGCGUAAUGUCUGUUCUACAUAAGCUUCUUUUUGCACCUGCCUCUAUUUAUUUUUGCUGCCUUGACUCAGGCAAAAGCUUCUUACUCUCCAAAACUUACAGGACUUUCUGUACACUGUACUAUGUUGAUUCUUAACUAUAACAACUGUAUUAAAUAUGCUCUUGUUUACAUUAAAGAGUUGGUUUGAA